AUGGCGAAGGUGACCAAAUGUGCUAAUGUGGAGCUCCUACUAAAGGAAAUUGUGCGCCGUACUAUCCAGAAGACGUUUCCAACAGUGAAGACACCAGAUGCUCUUAUUACUAUGGGAAAGGUAACAGACUACCAGUGUAAUAAUGCUAUGGGUCUUGUCAAGUUACUUUCCAAAGCUACACCUCCUAUUAAAAUGAGCCCAGUACUUGUUGGUGAGGAAUUAAAGAAAAAUCUUGAGGAAAAUGAUCUCAUUGAAUCCUUUGAGCCUACACCUCAGGGAUUUAUUAAUAUCACCAUUAAAGUGGAUUGGGUGGCUGAGACCGUGUCAAACGUACUUAAGGAAGGUAUUCAACCACCACAGUUACCUAAACAGCGGGUACUUGUGGAUUUUUCUUCUCCUAACAUUGCAAAGGAAAUGCAUGUGGGACAUCUCCGAUCUACAAUUAUUGGUGAAGCUAUUAGUCGCCUUUUUGAAUACUGUCAGUUUGAUGUUCAUCGCAUCAAUCACGUGGGUGAUUGGGGUACUGCCUUUGGAAUGCUUAUUUUAUACAUGAAGCGUCAACACCCAAAUUUUCUUACAGAUACUCCAGAUAUAACAGAUCUUACAAAGUUCUACCGUGAAGCCAAAAAGUGUUUCGAUGAUGAUCCUGAUUUUAAGGAAGAAGCCCGUUUGCAGGUGGUUAAACUCCAAUCAUUGGAGGAAGAGUCUAUUAAGGCUUGGAAGAUCAUUUGUGAUAUAUCUAGAAAAGAGUUUGAUCUUAUUUACAACCGUCUUGGAGCUCGUCUUGAAGAACGAGGGGAGAGUUUUUAUAAUCCACUUAUUCCAAAGGUGUUAGGUUUACUGGAGGAAUCUGGAAAGCUUGAGGAAAGUGGUGGGGCAAAGCUUGCCAUUACAAAGGAUAAAAAGCCUAUUUCCUCAUUGGAUGCGAAAGAUAUGGCAAAACUUAUUACACCACACCUUAUUACAGUUCAGCGCAACAACAAGACAGAGUUUCAUCCUAAUUUAAUUAUGGCAAUGAAGGAGGUGGGUAUCCUUAAGGGUGAAGAAGGGAAUGAAGUUGUGGUAUUAUCUAAAAAGGAGUCUAAACCAUUGGUUGAAUUUGAUGCUCGUACGGAUGUUGAUAAACUGGUUAUUCAACUUGAAUCAUUAUAUAAGAAGCAGUUAUCUCCACUAUUCCGUGAGGUUUUUGAAGCCGAUGGUAUUAUCACUGGUGAUGAAAUUAUUGUUCCUCGUUUUACAUUUCCUCUUAUGGUGGUGAAAAGUGAUGGAGGUUUUACAUAUGAUACAACUGAUAUUGCGGCAAUGUACCACCGCUUUGUUUUGGAAAAGAUGGAUCGAGUGGUGUAUUGUACAGAUGUUGGUCAAUUUGAACAUUUCAACAUGGUUGCUGCUCUGGUGAAAGAUAUGGGAUGGAUGGAUGGUGCCUCAUGGGAUCAUGCGGGAUUUGGUCUUGUUACUGGAACAGAUGGUAAAAAGAUUAAGACACGCAGUGGUGAGACAGCCAAAUUAAAGGAUCUCCUUGAUGAGGCGGUGGAGCGUUCUCUAGCCAUUUUGGAAGAACGUGAAGAUGGUGAUCGGGCUCAGGGACACAGUAAGGAAGAAAUGGAAAAUCUGUCUAAGAUUAUUGGUCUUGGGGCAGUGAAAUACUUUGAUUUGAAACAGAGCCGUCUGAAUGAUUAUGCAUUCAGUUAUGACAGUAUGCUUGAUAUGUCUGGUAACACGGCUGUUUUCCUCUUGUACCAAUAUGCUCGUCUCUGUUCUAUUAAACGUAAGGCUGGAUUAAGUAACGAGGAGUUUAUGAAUACCAAGGUGGUUAUUGAUACACCUCAAGAAAAGAAACUCGCUUUGUGCGCCUUCCGCAUGGAGUCUGUGGUACUCCGAACUGUGGAUGACCUCUUCCUGCACCACCUCACAGAUUAUGCAUAUGAACUGGUGUCGUGCUUCUCCGAAUUCUUCCAAAAGUGCAAGGUGGUUGGUGAUCCUUUGCAAAACAGCCGACUCUGUUUGGUGGAGCUCACACGUGUGACGUUGAAAAAGGUGCUUGAUAUUCUGAAUAUUGAUGUGGCUGAGAGGAUUUAG